CAUUCUUUCUUUCCCAAUAGAUCCAACAUGGAAAGGAAACUAAUCUGGUCACCUUCUUCACCAUGUCUACUUCCUUUCACCUUAUGCCUUCUUCUGUGUGCCGCAUAUUUACAACCGACUCAAGCUGAUGCUGCAGCCGGGACGAACCCGGCUCCGGCAGGAAACGUUGCCCCGUCCUGUGACGUCAAGCUCACGUCUGGAAAAGACAGAGCGACGAUCGAUAAUGGAAUCAUCGAACUAACUUUGACGAAUCCAGAAGGCUUUGUCUAUGGAUUAAAAUACCAAGGCGUCGAGAACGUGUUGGAAACGCACGAGCCGGACGAUUUUGGAGGGUAUUUUGAUGUGUCUUGGGACCACCCAGGAGGAGAAGGAAAGACUGAACAGGUGAAGGGAACGAAGUUCACUGUCAUAACUGAGACAGCAGAUCAAGUAGAGCUCUCCUUCAGCAGCACAUGGAGUUCUUCUUCAAAAGAAUUGGUACCGCUCAACGUCGACAAAAGGUUCAUCGUACAAAAGGGCGUGUCAGGUUUUUACUGGUACGUGAUCGUGGAGAGGCUGAAAGGAUGGCCAGAUGCAGACAUGGAUCAACACCGAAUGGUUUUCCGGCCAAAAAUAAGCAUGUUCAAGUACAUGGCCGUAUCCGAUGACAUCCAAAGGAUGAUGCCGGCGUACAAAGAUCGAAUGACCGGACAGAAACUGGCGUACCCAGAAGCCGUGCUCUUGACGUCUCCGAUUGAGCCCGAAUUCAAAGGCGAGGUGGACGACAAGUAUCAAUACUCUCUGGAGAUGAAGGAUCACAGGCUCAAGGGCUGGAUCUCCGACGACCCCAAAAUGGGCUUUUGGGUCAUCUCCCCUAGCGAGGAGUACGCCGCGGGCGGGCCCAACAAGCCUGAACUUACCUGUCACUGCGGGCCCAUUUGCCUUGCUAUGUUUACCAGCAUGCACUACGCUGGGCUGGACAUGGUCACAGAGUACAGGAACGGAGAGCCAUGGAAGAAGGUGUUUGGCCCAGUUAUGGUUUACCUGAACUCGAUGUCUAGCGAUCAUGCGGCGCUUUGGAAAGACGCAAAAACACAGAUGGAGAAAGAAGUGCAGAACUGGCCCUACAGUUUUGUUGCAUCGGCAGACUAUCUCCCGGCUGCUAAACGAGGAACUGUGUCAGGCCAAUUACUCGUUGAUGACAAAUUCUUAAGUCCGACUCCGAAAGAGGCAUGCAAAGCGUACGUGGGUUUGGCAUUGCCAGGGACCAAAGAUGUCUCAUGGCAAUUCGAUGUCAAGGGUUAUCAAUUUUGGACACAAACGGAUGAAAAAGGAAAUUUCGUAAUUAAAAAUGUGAUACCUGGAGAAUACAAUCUGUAUGGCUGGGUCCCAGGUGUUGUUAGCACUUUCAAGCAUCCUGAACUUAUCACCAUUCAACCAGGAAACGAGGUCAAAUUAGGUCCAGUUACUUACAAGGCACCUAGAAAUGGUCCAACUUUGUGGGAAAUCGGCAUUCCUGACCGUUCUGCUGACGAGUUCUUCGUCCCAGACCCAAAUCCGAAGUACAUCAAUAGAUAUUUCAUCGGCAAACCAAAUGAUAAGUAUAGACAAUACGGAUUAUGGGCUCGAUAUGCUCAACUCUAUCCUAAGAAUGAUCUUGUUUUUGAUAUUGGUGUUAGUAAUUAUAGCAAGGAUUGGUUCUUUGCUCAUGUUCUGAGAGAAGUAAAGCCGGAUGAUUGUGAAACAACCACAUGGCAGAUCAAUUUUGACCUUCCAGAAGUAUGCCCAAAUGGAAAUUACACUCUCCAAUUGGCAUUGGCAGCCUCACUAGAAACAAAUACAUAUGUUUACGUAAACAAUUUAAAUGCUAAAGCUCCAGCAUUUGCUACGGGGAGAGUGGGGAAAGACAAUGCAAUUGCGAGACAUGGAAUUCAUGGAACUUAUUGGUUCUUUAGUGCAGGUCUACCUUCAAAUUUAUUUGUAAAGGGAAAAAACUCAAUCUUCUUACGUCCGGCAAGAGGUGGAACCUCCCCAUUCAUGGGAGUCAUGUAUGAUUACAUUAGGCUUGAAGCACCUCCCACCCAACCAUAAAAGUUCCAGUCUUUCAUUCCCAUUACUUAAUUUCUUACAAAAACAUAUUUAACUCAUGAUUUCUUGUUUUGCAAUACAAGUUUGCAACAAUUCAAAAUUUUUAAGUAAAUAAACAAUUGGGAUUCUUUGUUUUAGAAUUGGUAGAUUGAUAGUGGAUUGGAUGAUUGUGGUGAGAAAAGUCAAGAAUAUGAUUGUACAAGUGAGGCUGACUGCUAUGUAGAGACAACUGAUCCUGAGACCAAAACAUCAGGCUCUUAUUGGAAAUAGCAUCACCAGCACCUUGGGUAUGAGUUGAGAGAAUCUGGUAACAAGAUGAUAUUAUGUUGUAAGCCAUGUGUACUAUAAAGCAAGUUUAUAUUCUUCAACAUGGGAUAACAGUUUUGUU